AUGGAAUGGAAUCUAACUAUUCCUAGACUAACGCAGUGCAAUGACCAAAAGAAUGUCCUUUCUCAGGAGGUCGUCUCUGCGGUAAUGGAUCGUUUAUUUCCGCCUCCGGAAACUUCUUGGAUUCGUGACAUCCCCGCUGCUCACAAUAAUAGACGAGGAUACGAUGAUUUGCCAACCAUUAGUAACUUUAAUAUCAGUUCAGCGUGA